AUGAGCAGGAGGCAGGAGAAGCCAUACAGCGAGGAGGAGGAGGAGGAGGAGGAGGAAGAGGAGGAAGAGGAAGAGGCAGAGGAAGGCGAGGAAGGUUUGGGUGACAGGAAAGCGAGUCUGAAACACAAAGGCAGGAAGGACGAUGCGGAGGGGAGUGAAGAUGGCGGUGCAGAUGACAAGAAGGCGAAGAAAAAAGAGCAGGCAGGCGAGGAUGACGGUUUGCCACCACGCAAGCCAGCCGUGCGGGAGAUUCAACUGCUGCUGCCCGGUCAUGGCGCGGAGAAAAUCACCGUGAGCGUCCGACUUUCACCCGAGCCGCCCCUAAACCCCACGAAGAAGUCGGAACUGCAUGAAGAACAUGCUGAAGAAAGCGAGGAAGAUGAGGAACAGAUGGACGAAGGGGUGGAAGAGGAAGAAAACGGUAGAAUCCAGCGCAACCAGCAAUUUUGCCCACCGUGGCUGCCGCAUUUGCUUAGCGAUGACACCUUGCACUGGGAACGCACCUUGCAGCUUAUGUACGGCUACACCGCACCCCCACAGCCACUGACGACUGAUGACAAAAAAGAGAACAUGCAGCAGGAGACAUCGAGGACCGUGUCUCAUGACGAUUUGGAGGAAGUGGAAGCCAAAGAAGAAGAAGAAGAAGAAGAGGAGGAAGAGGAGGAGGAGGAAGAGAAGGGAGAAAAGAAGCCGGAUGUGGUGAAAAGCAAUGAGAUGGGAAGAGGAGCGAAGGAAGAGGCGGCGGCGAAAGAGCAUAGGAGCGUAUCGAUAAUUGUCGAUACGCCUAGCAGAGGGGUGCCUAACUCCCGGUCAACCUCCACCGUCAGUGCGGCCUUCUCGAGGAGGGAAACGGAUGGCUUAGACAGCACCUCCACGCCCCAUUCCAAAGAAAGCGGCUUAAGGAACCCAGCGCCUCCCAUGCAACUGGUACUGCGCUUCACCGACGCACAUCGCGUAUUUUUUUUGGUGCGUUCUGCGGAUGGGCAGCGGUGGUACUUGCUUGACACAAUUCCGCAGCAGCGCCAUCGAAGGGGCAACAAUGUAGGGGGCGGUUCAGCAAAACGGAGCAACGCGACAUCGAAGGAUGAGAAGGAGGAAGAAGGAGAGGAAGAGGAAGAAGAAGAAGAUGAUGAUGAUGAGGAGGAUGAGGAGGAGGAAAAGGAAAUGAAAGAAGGUCUUAAGAUGGGGUUUAACCAAGAGGAAGAUGAGGAGGAAGAGGAAGAAGAUGAGGAUGCUGUGCCAAGCGCACGGAACCUGGACAUGGAUUCCGUCAUUUGCAUUGAUGCGCUGAUGCUUGCCGCCCUACAAAGUCCCACUGCACUGCGUUGUUGUCUCUCACAGCGGGAGCCUGUUUCACUCACUUGUGUAGAGCAUUGGCUGCGCAUGGACCUUUUUGCCGCGAUGCCAAUCUUUACUGCCAUUCACCGUAUGAUGUUAUCUGUGUAUGCGACGAGAGAUUCGCGUUUGCCGUAUGAAUUACCCGGUGCUGCGAUGGACUUUAACCUUUUCUUUACGGCAUCAUACCUCAACCACCGUAUCCCCGCCUACCCGAAGCUACAAAUCAAUAGCACUUCAUUCGAUCAACGAACCACGAAUGACAAGGAAGAAGUUUCCUUCGCAGGGGAAAGAAGAUGUAUUGAGACGAUGGAAGCGAUGCUGAAAGUGCGCACGUUGCCUUCGAGGCGUAUUCUUCUGCGACAUCUAAGCUCCGUUGUUGGAAUUCGACUCCUAUUGUGGCUUCUUUUGGAGAUACCAAAGGAACUUCUUCUCGCAUGGGGAUCUAAUUCUUCUAUGGGCGUCGAUGCUAUAUUAAACAGUCGCUUCAAUCCCGCAAACAAGGGUGGUCUUGAUGCGCCGUACAAUGAAGAAGACGAGGAGGAAGAAAAGGAAGAAGACGAAGAGGAGGAAGACGAAGAGAGAACAAAGAAAACAGCUCCUGGCGUUGCUGCCGCAAUUGCCGCAUUUCUGCAACGCACACCACAUGAGGAUGGGCCAAGAUUUGUUCUUUCUCCUUUUCUACUCGCCGUUGUAGUUGAAAUACGCCGCCGCAUGAAACGUGAAGCAAAGGGAAAUUCCCCAUCCGAAUUUACACUCGUGGAGUGUGUUGGUCAUGUCCUUCCGCAACGUGUGGAGGAUGGCAGGCCUCGAAAGGACCCGCUUGUGUCAGCAUCCUUUUCACUUCUCCCGGAGUCAACUGCAGGAGCCAACGAGGGCGUUGCGACUCAACCUCGGAUGCAGAAACUGUACCAAAGUGAUCUUGUCAUGCUUCUACUUGUCAUGACGAGUACACCGACGAGGCGCAGCUUGCCCUGUUCUGAAAGGGGAAGUAGAAGCGGAUCCGUUCUGGUACGACCAAGCACCCACUUGUUGAUUGGCCUUUCUGACGGGCAUCAUGAACUCUUUGAAUAUCUCCUACGGAAAAAAGCCGAGAAAGUUCGUACCUCAAAAGAAACGAUGGAGUCUGGUUAUUUCCGUCUCCUUUAUCUUUGUUUGUUACGCUUCAAAAACCUCUCUUCUCUCAAAAUUUUACUCUCCAUGACACCAUUAUUUGCUGUAUUGGGACCACACGACCGCUCUCCCUUUGGUGACCUUGUGUAUGCAUGGACACUGGACCGCGAUUUGAUCGUAAGGAAUCACCUUGAAUUGUUUCUCGACACAUUCUGGAAUGAACUUUACUAUCGUACCCUUGAGAAGCAAUAUGACGAGGCUACAAUUGCCAAGGGUCGUGCGUUGCUUCUCUUGGAUAAGAUGAUGGAACGUCGCAAGGCAUAUUCCUCCACAUUGCAGCAAAUGUGGAAUUCAGCACACUCUCCGUCCCGAGUCGCUUUGAUCAAAUCUCACCCUCGGUAUUUGGCCGUGGGGGGCGUGGAUUCCUUCUUGCAGAAGACUUUGGAGAAACCCACAUGGAGUUCACCACGCCGUGCAGUCUCUGGCAAUGUGAAUCUAUCUGAGUACAGUGACGACUGCCUUCAAGCGGAAGAGCAUGUGCGGUUGACGUUUGAAUCUCUCGCGUUGGCACCACGGUCAUAUCUUACCCCUGAAACGCUUUAUAUCGCUCUUUUCAGUGGACCUCAGCAAAAUAUAAUUCUUUUGCGUUAUCUGAUGAUUCGCUGUCGCGUCGUGACGGUCUGUGCAAAUCCGCUGAAAGAAGUGGCGGUGCCUGCAAUGGAGUAUGCACUGCGCGUUGGCAACACAGGCGCCAUCAAAUCGCUCCUUACUAUCGGAGUCACACUUCACGACUACAUUGAUGACGGAAACUUGGCAGAGGACAUGUUUUUAUGUGAGGCGGUGUCACCAAAAGAAGUUGCUCCAUUGCUUGGGAUCUGGAAAAAAAAAGAAGAACAGCGACGAAUAAACCCAUUAGUUUCCUACGGAAUUAUUCGUACAGUGCAGAGUGCCUCUUGA